CUUGCUCUUGAGUAUUUCUGAAGAUGUUUUAAUGGGCUUCCACUAAAGGAAGGGCUUAUCUGAAGGGCUUCUGUUUGUGUAUGUCCUGGAAGUCCUGCUACAGAGCAAUGGCAAACCCUUGAACAGCGUCAUGAGAAGCGCUGACAGGAGCAGACCCCUUCUGCAGUUCUGUUGGCAUUCUCAGAACAUCAUUAUAUAUACAUAUAAUAUAUAUAUACAUAUAUACACACAUGCAUAUGUAUAUAUACAUAUAUACAAACAUAUAUAUGCAUUUCCUUCUAUCUACAAUCUCACACAAUUUUACAUGUGCAUUUAGUUAAAACAACAUUUGAUUUAAUCUCAAGUAAGCUACAUAUACAUAAAAAAAAAAAGCAACAACAGAUUUGAGGAGUAUUCAAUUUAAAGACAACAUUUUCAAUACAAGUGGCAGAAGAGACGUGAAAUUUGUUUGCAUUUUCAAAAAUGAUUAGUGAAUCAUUACAGAAAUAGAUUUCACUAUGGGAGGAGUAUCAGGAUCCAGGACUCCAGUUCCGCUCAUUUCAUGCUUUUGUGGAUACCUUUCAAAAUUAAUGGGACUAUUCUUACAGCUGGCCCAAUGUCAAAUAAACAGCUCAUGGCCUUUCCAGCUGCAAGAACGGGAGCAGUCUCUGGGUUGGUGCAAGAGCCCCACAGGAUGCGAAGAAGAUGAAGAUAGGAGGAGCCUGGUUAGGUCUGCUAAUGGGACAGGGCUUGCUGGCUUCAACACCCAGACAUUUUUCCAACGAAUGGAUAAAUAUGAUGGAUUUCAGAAAACUCAAGAUUCUUUUUUUCCUUGGAGGGGUUAGCUGUGUCAGCUUCUGUUUUACGUACAUGAAUUUGAACAAACACUGUAUAUUCUGUGAAAAAAAGCAGAAUCACUUACUACCUAAAAAGACUUCUGGGAGAUUCCAAGGAAACUUCUUGCAGCUCCCAGAUAUAGAUUGCCAUAAGAACCCACCUUUUCUCGUCCUCCUUGUGACAUCUUCAUACCAGAACAUCAAUGCCAGGAUGGCCAUCCGGCAAACCUGGGGGAAGGAGAGAAUGGUGGCCAGCAAACGCCUUGUGACAUAUUUCCUCCUGGGAACCACUGUGAAUCUCACACAGCAGGCUGACAUCAUUGCUGAAAGCCAAAAAUACAGAGACAUUAUUCAAAAGGACUUUAUAGACACAUACUACAACCUGACUUUGAAGACCAUGAUGGGAGUUGAGUGGAUUCACAAGUUUUGUAACCAGUCCAGCUUUGUGAUGAAAACCGACACAGAUGUGUUUGUCAAUGUUUUUUACCUCACUGAGCUGCUUCUAAGGAAAAAUAGGACCACAGGGUUCUUCACAGGCUUUUUAAAACUGCACGAUAACCCCAUAAGGAAUAAAAAGAGUAAGUGGUACGUGAGCACAGAAGAAUAUCCAGGAAACACCUACCCACCGUUUUGUUCAGGAACUGGCUAUGUUUUAUCCACUGAUGUUGCCAGUCAGAUCUAUAAUGUUUCAGAGAGCACUUUGUUCAUCAAACUGGAGGAUGUAUUCAUAGGACUGUGCCUUGCCAAAUUAAACAUUCAUCUGGAAGAGCUUCAUUCAGAGCAGACAUUUUUUCCAGACAAGAUUACAUUCUCUGUUUCUCGCUUUAAGAAAAUUGUGAUGUGCCAUAAAGUAAAACCAUCUGAACAGCUGAGCUAUUGGAAUCAAUUAGUGACAGAAGAACAAGAACACGGAGGAGUGCUCUAGCACAUUCCCUGAUUGAAUUAACAAGCUGAAAUGCUCCGAACUUACAGGGCUGCUCUUGACUCCAGCAAAACUCCCAGUUAAUUCUAGACCCAUCAUGUUAAAGACAAUUUUCAAGAUUAUUUUAAACUCCAUUUCUGCCUCAGAACACUGUAACCUCUUUCUCUUCUAUUCACUCCCAUAUCUUUCCAUCCCUUCUCUACGUAAGCAAUUAUUUUUUUAUUUUUAUUUUUCUAAGAGAUGCAGGCACACAAAACUAUCCUCUCCACGGAUCAACUCUCCAAAUCUUGCUGCUACAGGACUGGGAACAAAUCUAUGGUGAAAAACAAAACAAAACAAAACAAAAACCUCAAAAAAAAAAAAAAUAAUCAAGGUUCCUUCAUUCAGAGAAAAAAAAUUGCACCACCUUCUCUGUCUCCCUUGAUAGAUCACUGCAUUUGCACUCAUCUGUGCAGGCAUUUAAGAAAAUGUGAUUGCUGCUGUCAGGGCAUUCCCCUCCUGGCAUAAAGAACCACA